UGUCGUUUAUAUUUACGGUUUUCUGAGCGAAGCGUCGCGCGGGUGUGUGCAGCAUCUAGCCGAUUUUGUGUAACGGGACGAACGUUACCGCGAGUGACGCGAACGCUGAUCGACGCCGGACGAUCCUUAGCGCGGCAUGAGGCCCCGGAUCAUGCCCGCGUUGUCGGCGGGCUUCGGCGAGCACAUUGAGGAUUACAAAGUGUUGAAUCUGCUUGGCAAAGGAGGCUACGGCUGCGUCUACCGGGCAAAAUGUCUCCGCAGCAACACGGAUGUCGCGAUCAAAAUGAUCGACAAGAAGAGGAUGCAAGCUGCUGGGAUGGUGGCUAGAGUGAAGCAGGAAGUGGAUAUUCACUCGCGCCUAAAACACCCAGCUAUUUUGGAAUUAUACACUUGUUUUGAGGACACCAACUAUGUAUAUCUAGUUUUAGAAUUGUGUCAUAAUGGAGAGCUCCAACGCUUCCUCAAGGAUCAGGGUUCCAAGACUUUGUCCGAAGAACGCGCUGCCCGUAUAAUCAGACAGGUUGUGCAAGGUUUACUUUAUCUCCAUUCCCAUCAGAUACUUCACAGAGAUAUGUCAUUAGCUAAUUUACUUUUGACCAAAGAUAUGCAGGUGAAAAUCGCGGAUUUCGGAUUAGCCACUCAACUGAGUAGACCAGAUGAACGACACUUGACUAUGUGUGGCACGCCAAACUACAUAUCGCCUGAAGUCGCGACGAAAUCUUCGCACGGGCCGGAAGCGGAUGUCUGGAGCUUGGGAUGUAUGUUGUACACCUUGUUGGUGGGCCAGCCGCCCUUUGACACCGACACUGUCAAGAGUACCUUAACUCGAGUGGUCAUGGCUGACUAUGUGAUGCCGCAUUAUCUGUCGGAAAACGCGAAGGAUCUGAUAGACAAAUUGCUAAAGAAAAAUCCGGAAGACAGAAUACGCCUGCGUAGCAUCAUCAAGCAUCCGUUUAUCACGAGCAUAGAGAAGAGUAGACUGCAUAACGAAAGAGAUGGCGCUGGCAAAGACUUCCUGACCGACGGUAUGGUGGAUUCUGGACUCGGAAGAACCUUAUCCUCCUACGCCCGACCGAGAAUGCGAUCUCGGUCUGAGGAGAGAAUGUCCACGAUGCCGAUGAUGUUGAACGGUCCUAUGGUCAGCCUGAGAAGCGAGGCGUUAUCCGAGCCCAUCAUGAAAACGCACGCGAACUACGGAGCCAAGUACGCGAAUUAUUGCGCGAAGGAGGACUCCUUAUUGCAGUGUGUUCCAUUUCCUCCCAGGGUAUUCCCGCAGAACGAAUAUUACGACGCGCACGACUCCAACAAACAGAAAGUGGAGAGGCACAAGCGAAGGGAGAAAAGUGCGGAGAAUCAUAACUCGGAAGUAACCGAGGAGGCGAACACGAAGUUACAGGUCUCACCCUUGAAUUCCAACAGGCUACAACCCACCCGGCACAGAACGAAGAACGCGAUUCUCACCAUUUUGGACAACGGAGAAGUCUGCAUCGAAUUCACCAGGCGUAGAAAUGGCAAAGAAAAGGUCAAUGAAGUGUGCAGGAUAUCAGGCGACGGUCUGCGAGUUGUUCUUUAUAAGCCUCACAUAUCUCUGGAAGUGGGUUCGCAACCGCCACCAUUGCCCAGCCGAGGCGCCGACAGCAUUUAUUCAUACGAGAAUCUGCCGGCGUGUCAUCAUCGUAAAUACAUGUACGCUUUUCGUUUUGUGAAUCUGGUCCGGGCGAAGACUCCCAAGCUGACGCUGUACACUCAGCGCUCGAAGUGCCUGUUCAUGGAGAACGGUCCGCAGCCCAACUGCGAAAUGCACUUUUACAACGGAGUGAAGGUUGUCCGAGAAGACGGUGUUGUGAAGAUCACUGAGAGCAGCUCUACGUUCGUUGAAGGCGAGCUUCCUAUUUAUCUAGAGAAUUAUUACGAGCAUUAUUCCGAGUGCUACCAGCAUUGCUUGCUGCUUGAGUCCACUUUGACAUCUUUAGAAGCGGCUACAGGUCACCCCUGCUUUCCCGUGAUAAUCGGACGAAGGCCCUUGAACGCGGCCUUGAAUGAUGCUCCCUGCAUGCAGGGGAAGGAAAAUAUCUCGCACACAGCAAACAGUACUCCCGUCUUGCCAUCUUUCGACGCUUCCUGCUCCGUCGUUUCGACGGUAGCCUCCAGGUCGCGUAAAAUGAACUCCACGCAUAGUUCUAAUAAUAUUGUAGACAAGGUAGCGGUGCCAGGUAUCGGUUUUGCUACGCAAUUCACAUCUGGUAACAUUAGGGUCGAUUAUAAAGAUGGUUCCGUUUUAACCGUGAAUCCGCAGAAUCAUAGCAGCGGCAUUACAUAUGAGAGUAAUAACGGCGAUGUUAUGCGAUACAAUAAGCAUCAUCAGCAAAAUCCGGAGAUACCUUUCGCAGUACAGGAAAAACUGCGUCAAUUGCCAAGGAUCAUCGAAUAUCUCAUUCAACCCAAAUAUAAAGGCAUUCGGUAGCUCCACGUCAAAAUAUCGAAUAUUUUGUAUGAUACAACCGAGAAAUCUCGCACUCGCCUAUGUGAACCGUAAGCUUAUCUCAUAGAUUUGUAAAUUAGUUUAUACUAACUUAGUAGAAACGUAAUUUUUUAGUGAAUUUUCUAAGUAUACAAUAAUAAAGAGCCGCCCGGUUAUAUUCUA